GUAGAAUCCGUGGCGCUGAGAUCAUGCGCGCGUCGAGUCAGCUGCAUGAGGUUCGCCACCUACACAUUGCAGUCAUUCCUGCAACCGCGCCGCCACGCACACGCCAUGGCCAAGUUUUUCCGAAGGAGCGCGUCCAAAAUGAGCCUCCGCGGCGACGACGUGACCGCGAGCAUGCCCCGCGAGCGCGUGACGCUCUCGGGCGUGACCGCCUCGGCGAUCACCGCCUCCAACUACUCGAGCUACCAGCUCGACACGCUGCAUGAGACCGUCGCGAGCAUGAACAAGCAGCUCGACGAGUACAAGCGCGAGACGAUUGCGCGCCUCGACCACGUCGAAGGCACGGUGCGCGACAGCACGCGCCGCGCCAUCUCCAACCAAGCGACCAACCACAUUGUGCCAGCGAAAGCGUACCGUGAUGAGCCCACGGGGUUUGAGAAUACCUCGGAUGCGCCGGCGCCGUCCAUGGCGAUGGACGCUGCUGUCGAUGAGAUGAAGCGCCACGUCGACGGCAUUCGUCGCGACGUCAUGAUGGAGCUCCAUACAACAAAGUACGACCUGCUGAAGGAAAUGACGAUGCUUCGCGGGGCUGUCAUGCAGCUUGUGGACGCCAUGCAUCAACAGCCGCGUGCAGCAGCGACCCCGCUGCUUCGCACCGAGGACCGCAAGCUCAGCGUCAUGUCAGAUGCGACCGUCUCGAGCGAAGCCGACUCGGAGAGCUCGACGCUUGAGGAGCCCGAGGUCUUUGAGCCCAACCCCAAGGUGCCGUACCUUCCUGCUGCCAGCCGCACGCCGUCACCGCCCAAGCGCGAGUCCACAGUUGUCCGCGAGUCGAUCCGGGCAUCGUCCAAGCUCAGCCGCGAGUCGUCCAAGCUCAGCCGCGAGUCGUCCAAAAUAAGCCGUGAGUCGUCCAAGCUCUUUCGCGAGUCGACGCGUCAGCCCAUCAAAGACCAGGCGCUUACGCAGCCAUGGGAAAACGUCUUGAACCAGCACUUGCCGUUCCUCAACACGCAGCGGCCGGCCAUGGAGAUGCUGCCGUCGACGCGCACGUGGGCCAUCAACCAGUACAUCAAGUGGGCGCAAGACGCAGGCCCGACGAACGAGUCGCGCGUGCUCAACGUCGUGGGCGGCGCGGGCGCCGGCAAGUCGACGCUCCUGAGCCACCUCGUGUCCAACUACCCCGAACAGAUCAUGGCGAGCCACUUUGUGCGCUACGACGAGCGCCACGCGACGAGUGCGAUCCUCAUGUCGCUCGCGCACCAGAUCUCGUGCAAACUGCCCGACUUCCAGCAACAGCUUGUGCGCCUCAACCUCGCGUACCUCAUCCAAGAACCCGACCCGGUCGUGCUUGCGACCAAGCUCCUCAUUGAGCCGCUGCGGUCGAUGCCAGCGCCGCUCGAAAGCCAAGUGAUCGUGCUCGACGCUGUCGACGAGGACGCGUCGACUCCGGGCACGAACCUCAUUUCGCUGCUGGCCGAUGUCGCGCUCGAGUUUCCGAGCUGGGUCCUCUUUUUGCUUUCGUCGCGGCCCGUGGACAGCGUAUUGAAGGCGCUGCCAACGCACGACGUGCUCCACUUUCACAUGGAGCACCGGCCGUUUGCCGCCGACUGCACGAUCGCAGUGCAGUCGCUCAUGGACAAGCACGGUCUCGACGACAAGAACAUCCUCUUCCUCCUCAAGGCCAAGAGCCAAGGCAGCUUCUUGUACCUCCAGUUUGUCGACCAAGCCUUUGCGAUGAUCCACUCGGAGAUUGACGCGGGCAUGAUCCUCGAGUUGCCCAAGACGCUCUACGAGAUUUACGACCAAGUGUUUGAGGAAAAGUACGGCAAAGGCCGGCGCCGCGUGUGGCAGAAAGUGCAGCCGGUCCUCGAAGCCAUCGUCGGCGCGGCCACCCUGUCGCACGAGAAGAACGCGUGUCCGUUUGUGACCGAGUCGGACGUCCAACACAUAUUUAAGCUCGGCCAGCCGGACCUCGCGCUCAUUGCGCGCUCGUUCGAGGACAUUGUGGCCGUCGACGAAGAGACGGGGGUGUACCGGCUGCAGUCCAAAGGCCUUUUUGACUACCUCGUCGACACAUCGCGGUCGCAGGAGGUCGCCCACAUCAACGUCGAGCGCGGCGUCCACUACUUGACCAAAGGCAACGUGCCGUACAAGCCUUCCAAGAAGCCCAAAGUGACCUUUGACAUCUAAGAACCUUUGAAUCGCGUAAAUAAUAGAACCCAAUUUGUUAGACUACACC